ACCUGGCUCACCGCCCUCGCCAUUCGACGCGUAGGCCUUAGGCUGCAUGCUGCCCUCUCCACGUACGCCCAUUCCUCCAUUUGGCGUCUCUUACUCGACCCACACACGUCCUCCCUCACCCUCACCUCACUCUCACUCUUCACUCUCUCUUGUUUAACCGUCCCUCCCUCCUUUCCCCGCUAUUUAUUUGCUCCUCUCCCCUUACUUGACUCUCGUACUCUUCUUCUUCCUCCUCUUCGUCUUCCUUUCAAUGGAGAAGGAUUCUUCGAGCCCUCUCUGCGGCAAUGUCGCUUUCCCCUUAUAAUCUCCUCAUUUCCUUGUUCGAUUUGUAGGCUAGUUUUGUCUGUGUGAAGAUUUGUUUGGGGUUGUUUUUGGUUGGAGUUUGAUCGACAUGCCUAGCGUUUCUUGUUCCCUGGACCAGCUGCAAUUCCUUUCGGGGAAGAAAGCACGGCCGUCUCUUGCUGGUUUUGCCGACGCGUUGGAUUUGAGUCCGAGGGAUGGUGGCGCCGCGACCGCCGACUCUCUGCGGCGGCUUCUCCUUCAGCGAGCGGACUCUAUCCACAGCGAUUGUUCGCUGUCGCCUCCGGAGGCGUAUGCCUUGAGGAGGUUCCUGCCUUCCAACUGUGAGGACGAUGAGUCCGUGCCUGACGACUACGCCUGUGAUGAUUUCAGGAUGUAUGAGUUCAAGGUCCGGCGAUGUACCCGAGCCCGGAGCCACGAUUGGACCGACUGCCCUUUUGCCCAUCCGGGGGAAAAGGCCCGGCGUCGCGAUCCCCGGCGGUUCAACUAUUCCGGCACCGUCUGUGCUGACUUUCGGAAGGGUGCGUGCAGGAAAGGGGAUGCCUGCGAGUUCGCCCACGGCGUCUUCGAGUGCUGGCUGCAUCCGGAGAGGUAUCGGACGCAGCCUUGCAAGGACGGCCGGAGCUGCCGGCGCAAGGUGUGCUUCUUCGCCCACACGCCUCAGCAGCUCCGGGUUCUGACUCAGCCGAACAAUGCCCAGAGUCCUUCUCGUUCCCCUCACUGCUGCGUUCUCUGCUCCGCCUCCGCUGCUGCCUCUGCAUCGAAGACGGCGCACUCCAAUCUCCAUCAGUUGGUUCCUCAAGGUGGAGGAUCCUCCCCGGAUUCGCCAUUGAUGAUCGGAGUCUCCCACUUCUCGCCUCCAGCUUCGCCGCCUGUGUCGCCGCCGGUCUCCCCUGUUUCACCAUUUUUCCCGUCAUAUCAAAGCAUGAUGUGCGACCUCUCGAACUCUUUCGAGAACAUGGAUCUCAAUCCGAUCAAUCGCUUGAGCAACACCAACUCGACGACGAUGCUCAAUGCCAUUCCGAUAUCUUUCGCUUGGUCGCAGUUGGCUUCUGUCGGCGAUCGAAGCCGAGCUCCCUACUCAUGCAGCUCGCCCACUGCUCUGUGGAAACUCCAGGAGGAGGAAGAAGAUAUGCAGAGGGAAAUGAGGAUGACCAAUCGCAACACCAUCCGCAGCAUGGACGACCAAAAUUCGGGCAUUGCCAUGUCCGAUCCAGAUAUCGCGUGGGUGAACGAACUAGUCAUGUAGAGAGACACAGAGAGAAAGAGAGAGAGAGAGAGUACACCGUACAUACACCACAUGUUCAUUGUUUCCUCUCACAGUUCAGUCCAUUUCCGGUCAAUUUUUUCCGUCAAGCUUCAUCGUUCUUUUUCGUUUUUUUGGUCAUUGAUGUAAAUCUGAAAAAAGGAGAAGCCGGUCUCCGGUCUGUGUAAUCUUUUUGCGUUACCUCUUAUUCCGGUUUUCGAUUGGAAAGUUAAUCGAGAAAGCGGGAUUCUUUUCGUGAUUCUAGA